AUGGCAUAUUUGACCCAGAUAGAUAAACUGGCAAUAAUAACUGAAGAAGAAGUAGGAAAGAAAAUAAGUGAUGAUGCAAAUAGAAAAACUGAUGAUGAGAAGAACGAAUUUAAAAAAGCACUAGAGAAGUUACUGGUAAAAGAAUGUGAUAAUAUAAUAAUGAGGGAAGAGUUGCCUACUAGAAGUAAAGAGAAGAUAGCAAUAAAAGGAGAAGUUGAUAUAAUGAUAAUAAAUGAGAAGUUAAUUGAAAAUCAAGUACAACAAGAAAAGGAUAUGCUAAUGAAGGACGUGAUACAUUUGUACAAAGCAUACAAGAAUUGGGAUGUACAGAAGUG